AUGAAGUCCUCAAUUCACGUCGUUCUAUUCUUCCUGCUCAGCCUGGUCGCUAGCAUGGCCCUCCCGAGACGCCAGGCCCAGGCACCGUUUGCCGUGGUGGAUUUCUCCGGGAAGGCGGCUUGUCACUCGAUCCUGACCUCCUGCCGAGUGGACACGGACUGUUGUGCUGGGCUGAAGUGCGGCAUCUUCGACGAAGACGCCUUGUGCGUCCCACAGGGCUAA